UACCUGUAAAUGAACCUUCAGGUUAGCAGUAGGGAGCUACAGAAAUCCUUACCUGUGUUCCUUUUGUCUUCUUGAAGCUUGCGCAAAAAUGGCACUUUCCAGCCGGGACGCCCAAGAGAAGCCUUUUAAAGAAGAAUUUGAUGAAGAAGAGAUCAUUUUAACGCUGGUCCCGUUUACUGAGGAAGAAGCGAUCACCCCACAAGUACCAGCACAAGUACCAACAGAAUCGGUUUCGUCAACCAUAGUCCACAGGCCACCAGUUCCCCCUAUGGUACCUUCUGAGGAUGUCAAACCCUCAGCAUCGGAGCUAAAGCCCUACCCAUCCCUGCCCGAUAUGCUUCCUCCUAUCACUGAGGUGUCCCGGAACACUCUUCGGGAAUGGUGUCGAUUGCGUAACUUAAGUACCGAUGGCAAGAAGGUUGAAGUCUACGAGAGACUUCAGAAGAAUGCGUUUUCAGAACAAAAAUGUCAUAUUCCACAAACACCCCUUGAGGCGAAAAUGAAGCCAAAAUCCAAGAAGGCCAAAAAAGAACCUAUGCCUCAAAACCUGAAGAGAGAGAGAGAGGAGGAGGAGAAUGCCAUUGUGGAGGUUUUAACCUCAGAAAGGGAGUCUGCCUUUGCCUCCUGGGGAAGAAUUGUAACGAGAGCAGGUCUGCCUAUGUCUGCGAAUCGGCAGCCUCUUCCCUCCAAUGGAAAGACCUUUCUGCUACCAGCCCCCGGGUUCAGAUGGUGUGUUGUCCAUGGCAGACUGCUCCCUGCAGAUGAACCAGGCUGGGUUUGUCUGCAGAUGAACAUUGGUCAUACCUGGGUUCCAGACAGUCCCCAAAGAAUGAUCCCCCUCUUUUUGCUACCAGCCUGUGUUUUCCCAAACCCAGGAGUGGAAGAUAACAUGCUCUGUCCAGAAUGUGUCAGAAGAAAUAAGAGAACGAUGAGGAAUUUUACUAAAGACAAACGCUCUUCAAGGAAACGUAAAAUUCUACCUCCAAAUUUGCCACCUUAGACCAAUGUCAAGGUUUUGGAACCGAACAUCCAUCCCCUGCAUUGGACUUGCUCAAUGCUGCCUUGUUCCACGGGGUCCAGAGAACAAUUUGGACAAAAAGAUAUCUUUUUUUGUUGUUGUUAGAGACAUGGUUUCUGUGGCUUUGGAGGCUGUCUUGGAACUAGCUCUUAUAGACCAGGCUGACCUUCAGCUCACAGAGAUCGCCUGCCUCUGCCUCCUGAGUGCUGGGACUAAAGGAAGGCACGCACCACCACCGCCCUGUGCAAAGAUGUCUUAUAACAAAAAUCCCUGUGUUCAAGCAACUCUGUCUCCUAAUUUGCAGAAAGUGCCGAAUUGGACUUUGGAGAACCGGAAAGUUUCCUCACAGUGACGGUUCAGAAACCAAGGAGUGUUUUUCUCAUAAUUUAAAGCAUAAAUUAAAGUUAGUCAGUUGUGAACUACACCACUGGCCCUCUGUAUUGACUUAAAUUUCUGGGUUCUAACUGUAUUAUAGGUGUGCAGAUGCUUUUCCUUGUUAUUCCCUGAACAGUCCAGUUCACUGUAUACUUAUACAGCAUUAUAAUACAACAAAAAUAACAUAAUAAAAAUAACAAAAAUAAACAUAA